GCCACGUCCUGCACUGCAAUGCGCAUUUUAGCUUACAUAUGUUUUUACGGUACAUAAAUCGAGUCAACAUGUAGUGUUAAUUAACGAUAGUACCGCAAUUUACAAUCCCGUGUUCAUAGAUUGGAACGUCGAAUUUCUUUUGAUCAAUGUAACUCGAAGAGCUUCGAAAAGGUUUCUGCUCUCGGUGUCAGUAGCUGUCAGUAGUACCCGUAAUACCUGUGGACCAAACAUGGCGACCGAUCCACGUUGUCGGUGAUAUUGCUUUUUUAGGUUAUGGACGUUAAGCGAGAUCGACGCGUUUAUCUGCAAUAUCAAGUUAUUGUUCCUUCAUAAAUUAGAAUUUUAUAACCUUGCGUUUACUAACUACGGCUACACCGUUUAGAAGUACAAAAAUGGACAUCAGCACGUUAUUUAAAGCCUGUGUGAAGACUGUACGUCUUCGCAAUAAAGCUUUGGGUAUACCAAGCGACUCAAAGUCCCCAUUAAAAAAAACCACGAAGCAAACUCCGUUUUUCGGUAAAGUCAGAGACGUUUUAAUGCAAAUAACAAAGUUGAGAGAUUUCUUGUUAGAAAAUAGAAAGGCGUAUUUAAAUUUUGCCAAUCACUUAACAAGUCUGCCGCAAAUGAGCGAAGCUGAAAGAGAUCAAAUUGAUUUAGGCGCACAGAAGAUCAUGACCACAUGUUCUCAUCUCAUAAAAGAUCUUGAAAGAGAAUUGGCUGGAUUUGAUGGUGCACGUCAGGAUUUGGAACACAGGGAAAUCGUACUGUUAUUGAUUGAGAAAUAUUUGCGAAACGUCUGCAAGGUAUAUUCGGAGCAGAAAGCAAUCAGAGUAAAAAGAGCUAUGGAGAUGAGGAAGAUGGCUAGAUUAGAAUCAAAUACAAGCAAAUUGAAGCUGUCUAAAUCGUCGCUCAGCGUACCUGAAGUACAGGAGGAACGAGACCAGCUAAGCUCCAAUGAAUCGAGUCCGAUGAAAAUCCAGGAAAUCAAUGGGGAUGUUAAUUUAUUGGCUGAUGACGAGGAGCUCACUGCUGAAGAUAUUCAAAUACUUGAAUCCGAAAAUGCUCAGCUGCAUAACGAGUUGAAUACGUUAACUGAAGAGGUAAAGCAAGUCGAGAGCAAAGUUGUACACAUUGCUGAACUGCAGGAAAUAUUUACAGAAAAAGUUUUGGAUCAGGAUAGAAAUUUAGAUAGAUUAAUGACAACGGUUGUUGGAUCUACAGAAAAUGUCAAAGAAGCGAAUGAACAAAUCCGUCAAGCCAUUCAAAGGAACGCUGGUUUGAGAGUAUGGAUUUUAUUUUUUCUCAUUGUUAUGUCAUUUUCACUUUUAUUCUUAGACUGGUAUAACGAUUGAAAUAAAUCUAAACUUAAGUCAAAGGAUAUUUACAUUUUGUACUUCUAGUGUCCGAUAAGAUACGAAAUAUUGUUGAAAUUGAAGAGAACGUAGCCUUGUGUUCUGUAUAAAAUUGAUCAAACUGUUCAGUCAUGUCUAAACAUGUCGAAGUGCACGAAACAUUAUUUUCACAUAUUACUGGAUGUGGCUGUGGUUUCGUCUUUUAUAAUUUUCAUACACCAGUCGUGAUUUAUCUAAUGACUAUUUAUAAGUUUACUGAAAAUACAUAAUAAAAUGAGAUAGUCGAGUAAGACAUUGAUAUACGUUUUGUUUUGUAGCAGUUUGUACUUUUUUAUUAUUCCCCUUAAUUAUUUUAGAAUUUCAUAAUUUUUGGUAGUCAAAUUUUACAUGUUAAUAGUUUGUGUAGAAAAAUAUGAAUAUUAUUCUAUGUAAAACUUGUGUACUACUUUGAGGAAAUUAUUUAGUAUAAAAUUCAUUAAUAAUAGGUACCGGUAAUUCCGCAUAUUUGAAGUCUGCAAAUUUGUGUAAAAUGAAUUACGGAUAUAAAUCAGCAGAGAAAACAAAUGGAAAAACAUCAGAAUUGCCAAAAUAUGUCAAUAUAUUUCAUGCUGGAAAAAUUGUACAUAAAACAUUUGUAUUUUAUAAUUCGUAAUAGCAAUAAACGAAAUUAUUAAAAUAAUAUAUGCGGUAUUAUAUUUUGAUUGCAAUCAAAAUGACUUCAUAGUCAAAGUAUUCACC